AUGUCCAUCCCGUCCCUUCCCAUCACACUCAAACCCGAUCUCAACGGUCGCGAGGCCAUCGCCGAUGCUGUUUACCGCGGUGUGCUCUCCUUUGACUUACAAGACGAGUCUCUAUUCAAGUCUUCACUCACCAUCGAUGCCAUACUUGAACUCAAUGGCACCGUUAUGAAUGGCCUCGAGGCUAUAACCGCUCAAUGCUACGACCCUGUUUCCAAGCUAGACACGACUCACUUUGUCACCAACAUGCGUAUAAACAUACUGGAGGAGGACUCGAAGGCUGAAGUAACAUGCUCAGCUCUGGCUCAACACUACCGCGACGGAGAGGGCAUGGAGCCGGGUACUGUCCCUAUCCUUGUCGGCUCCCUCUACUGGCUGGACCUCAUCAAGGAUCAUGAAGACGGACUGUGGAAAAUUAAGCAUUGGAAGCUCAAGUCUACAUGA